AUGUCCCGCCAUUCUUCCCUCGAGCCCAUCUACAGUACCCUUCAACGUUGCUUCAUUGGAAUUGGACUAAUAUCCAACUUGAUUCUGAUAAACCUUAUCAUUUUCCGAUCUCCCAAAGAUUUAGGACUCUAUAAGUACCUAAUGGCUUAUAUCAUCUGUUUCGAACUAUUCUACAUUGUUUUGGAGUUUCUAACAGUUCCCGAUUUGUUAACUCUGGACUAUGCUUUCUUUAUAAUUGUUGAUCCCGAGAAAUCGUUGUUGCCAGAAAAAUGGUCACAAGUGGCAGAUUUAAUCUACUGCGGUGCAUUUGCUGUCUCCCUUGUCAUCUUUGGGUGCCAAUUCGCCUAUCGUUAUCAUGUUCUGAAGGGAAAUAGUUCCUGGACAGCUAGCACCCCUCGAAAUUUCAUCUUCUGGUUGGGCACUCCGGCGGUUCUGGCGUCAUUUUACUCGUAUUUUGUGCACGCGUUUAUGCAGCGCAAUGAUUAUACAAAAAAAAUUAUGAGAACCGUCGGCUACACAGAUCACCAAAUCGAGAGCGUUGGAUUUAUCGGAUUGAUUUUCUACCCAAAACUGGAUAAUGGAACACAGAUUGUAAAUUGGGAAUCAUUUAUUGGAGUGUCGGUGACAACUGGAACCUUGUUUGCCUCGGAAUUCACCAUGAUCUAUUUUGCCUUCAAAUGCUUCCAAGCCACCAAAUCAUUUAUUAACCAAUCCGGAUGCUCGUCGAAAUUCCGACGCCUUCAAUGGCAACUAUUUUACGCUCUAGUGGCUCAAGCGAUCAUCCCAAUUCUUUUCAUGCAAAUCCCAAUGACUAUGAUCUACACAUCCACCAUUGUUUUAAGAAGUUCCAUCCCUGCAAUCGGUCAUUUACAAUCCAUGACAAUCUCUAUCUACCUGGCGAUUGAUGCUCUACCUACUAUCCUGAUCAUCAAGCCAUAUCGAGAUACUGUUAUCAGAUUUUUAUUUUUCUGGAAGAAGCGAAAAGUUGCACCGUAUCAAACGAAUUCCAGCAAUUCCAAGCAACAACAUGCCUCAUGGACUAAUUUUUAA